GAUGAUGCCCUAUCAUACUAAACAGGUUGGCGUCAAAAAAGGCGUCUAGGCAAAAACACCACCAUCAUUCAUGGUUACCAUUUCCUAAGUUUAGUAGUUACUCGCAUUGUAAUCCUUGGCUUAUAGCAUUUCCCUCUCUCUCAAACGCCAAAACCCGGUUUUAAUUAUCGUCACUGUUUGGCGGUUCGCUAUCGAACCGGGCGAGGGGGUGGGCCAUCCCAGAGCGAAGCCGGAUAUGGAUCCCCAGCAGCGUCCGUUAAUGUCGGACCGGGUCACCGUUAACGGCUCCGUCACGCCGCUUGCUCUUCUCGCCGACGGCCGUCUAUGGUGGUCUGAGGGAAUCCAACGGUGUUUGUCGAUCGAAAAGGACGUCCUCGGGAUCGUUGCCAGUGGACCUUACAUAAAAAUCAAGAGCCUCGUGGAGACCCGAGACGGAUGCUGCAUCACCAGCGCCCCUGCAAGACUCGUUAGAAACGAUGUCGUCUUUAUGCCUUCCUCCGAGGAAUCUCACAGGCUCUGGUGCCUUAAACUUCGUGAAUUCAUUGAUUCUCUCGGUCGUCCUAAGAGGUUGUUGGUUUUUGUUAAUCCGUUUGGUGGGAAGAAAUCCGCUACGAAGAUUUUCGCUGAACAAGUGAAACCUCUUCUUGAAGAUGCUCAUAUCCAAAUCACAGUUCAAGAAACCAAGCACCAGCUCCAUGCAAAGGAAGUUGCUCGUUCGCUAGAUAUUACUAAAUACGAUGGGAUUGUUUGUGUUAGUGGAGAUGGAAUUUUGGUUGAGGUUGUAAAUGGUCUUCUCCAAAGAGAGGAUUGGGAUACGGCAAUAAAGAUGCCCCUUGGGGUAGUUCCUGCAGGUACGGGAAAUGGCAUGGCAAAAUCUCUUCUUGAUUCAGUUGGUGAUCCUUGUGAAGUAGCUAAUGCCGUUCUUGCCAUUAUACGAGGCAGUAAACGACCGCUUGAUGUGGCUACCAUCACACAAGGGGAAACCAGAUUUUUCAGUAUAUUGAUGCUCGCAUGGGGUCUGGUGGCAGAUAUUGACAUUGAGUCUGAAAAGUACCGGUGGAUGGGAAGUGCUCGUCUAGAUUUUUAUGGUCUCUGUCGACUCCUCAAUUUGAGGCAAUACAUUGGAUGUGUUUCUUUUGUGCCUGCACCUGGGUAUGAAGCUUUUGGGGAGCCCACAAGUUACCCUGGCAAAUCUACUACUAGCAAAGGAAGCAACAAUGAUCCAAGUGAAGCCGAACGUGCUAAUUUGCAAAGACUUUGCUAUCUAGGACCUGAAAUAAAUUUGGAAAAUCUGAAUUGGAGAGUUAUAAAUGGACCCUUUAUUUCUGUCUGGCUUCACAAUGUACCUUGGGGUGCCGAAGACACAAUGGCAGCGCCUGAUGCAAAGUUCUCCGAUGGUUAUUUGGACUUGAUCAUUAUCAAGAAUUGCCCAACGUUGCCAUUAUUGUCAAUGAUGUCAGAGUUGAAUAAAGGAGGACAUGUAAAAUCUCCAUAUGUCACGUACCUAAAGGUGAAGGCUUUCAACUUGCAACCUGGUCCACGCACCAAGGACCAAGAGAAAGAAGGGAUCAUAGAUUCAGAUGGUGAGGUUCUUGCAAGAGGGAAAGGAACUUACAAGUGUGAGCAGAAGACUUUGAUGGCCUAUGAUAAAUUACAGAUAACAGUGGAUCAAGGUUUAGCAACACUUUUUACCCCUUUAUAAUAAUACUUAUGGUUUAAUUAUGUUCCUCGGCCCAUUCCAUUCCGUGCUUGUUCACAUUUGGUAUAAACAGAACCUUCCAUGGGUUUAUCCUGUACAGUGUACAGCACCGCAUAAAUUGGAGUGAGUAUAAAUGAUAAAAGUAAGCCCGUAUCCCAUUUUGCACUCAAAUGAUUGAAAUCCAAGCUUAAUUGCUUGAAAUUUAAAUUU